UAGAUGGCCAAUCGAAAUAAAUCGAAAACUAGCUCAGGGAUGGCAGCACUUUACAUUUAGUUCAACGACCGCUCCCGUACCGGUGACACUGUAUACGUUUUUUGGGUGAAAAAAAUACAAAAAACUGUGUAUUUCUUAGUUUUUUUUUACUUCAGAUGUGAAACUUUUUUGUGGAUGUUUGUGAUCAGUCAAAUAAGAUGCCGAAUCGAUACGUUCGCAAAACUGGCCGUGGCAGUUGGAGUCAACUAGAUUUGACGCAAGCAAUCGAAGCAGUAAGUGCUAGAAAUGUAUCCGUUCGACAAGCUGCUUUGGAGUAUGGUGUGCCGCGAAAAACUUUAGAGAGACGUCUAAAAUCUCAAAAUUAUAUUAAAGGUCCUAUGGGUCCAUCAUCUAGUUUUGGUAGCGAACAUGAAAAGAGACUAGUAAAACACAUAUUGAAUAUGCAGAAACAUUGUUUCCCAUUAACACCUAAAGAUUUAAGAAGCAUUGCGUUUCAUUUUGCUGAACAAUUGGGUUUAAAGCAUUCUUUUAACAAAAAUAAACAAGAAGCCGGAUAUGUUUGGCUGCAGUCUUUUUUAAGUAGAAACCCUGAAAUAACAUUAAGAAAGGCAGAAGGUGUAUCUAUUGCGCGAACUCAAAGUUUGAACCGCACGGAAGUAAAUGCAUAUUUUAAUACAUUAAGUGAUUUACUUGAACAGUAUGACUUAUUUGAUAAACCAUCAAAAAUAUUUAAUAUGGAUGAAUCUGGUCUGCAGUUAAAUCCGCGACCUGGUAUUGUAUUGGCUCAAAAAGGGUCAAAAGCUGUAUGCUCCCAAACCUCAACAGAAAAAGGAGAAACUAUUACAGUAAUCGCUUGUUGUAAUGCUGAAGGGGUAUUCCUUCCACCAGCAUGUAUUAUGAAAGGGAAAAAUAAAAAACAAGAGUGGCAGGAUGGAAUGCCCCCUGGGUCAGUACUUUACAUGUCUCAAAAGUCCGCUUAUAUUAAUACUAAUAUAUUUUUUGAAUGGCUGAAAACACAUUUCUUACCGCGGAAACCUCCUGGAAAGGUAUUACUAAUUUUAGAUGGCCACACUUCUCACUGUAAUUCGGUAGAAAUGUUAGAAUUUGCUACUGAUAAUGACAUUUGCUUAUUCACGUUUCCCAGCCACACAACUCACUAUCUUCAAACCCUUGAUAGGUCUGUGUUUAAGUCAUUAAAAGCUUUUUACUAUGAAGCAUGUCGAAUUUGGCUUAAACGAAAUCCAUGGAGACGUCUCACUCGCCUUCAGUUCGGAGAAUUGCUGUCGACAGCUUGGAGCAAAGCAGCAACUUAUGAUAACGCUGUAAAUGGUUUCAAAGCUACCGGUGUUUAUCCAUUUGAUAGGAAUGCUAUUCCUGACUAUGCAUUUAUUGGGUCUACUCAAGAUAAUUAUAUCCAUGUGGACACAAAUCAACUUGAAACUCCUAGAAUCCAUGAUACAAGAAUAAGACCUUCUCUGCCUGAUAUAGAAAUAAACCAGCCGCGGCCUUUUGGGAUUCAAACUUCUCGAAGAAGCAGCACCCCUUCCCUGCCUGACAUAGAACCAAGCCUGCCAGGACCUUCUGGAAUUCAAACUUCUCGAAGAAGCAGCACCCCUUCCCUGCUUGACAUAGAACCAAGCCUACCAGGACCUUCUGGAAUUCAAACUUCUCGAAAAAGCAGCACCCCUUCCCUGCCUGACAUAGAACCAAGCCUGCCAGGACUUUCUGGAAUUCAAACUACAAAACAUACCUCCCAAGAACAAGAAAAAAGCACCUCUUCUACUACCACAGGAAAAAACAGUCCUUCUUUGUCGAUCAUGCAUCACUUUUUGAAGACCAGGCAAACACAAUAUUAG